UUUCUUCCUCCUUUUUGCUUUUCUCCAUAGUAAGCAAUGACAUCAACUUUCACAGGGGGAGAAAACCCACCUUGACUUUGGAUCUUCAGAGGUUACAUCAACAUUCUUUUGAAAGACAUCCAGUUUCCCACUUGUUUCUGUUUUUGCUGGUACCCAUAUCUGGAGGAUUGUCGUCUGCCUAUAAGUAUGGCCUUGGCAGAAUCUAAUGUCCUUUAAGCCCCUCAUCCACAAUCUCAACUGGAGGGUACAGCGGCCACUAUGUGUGUUGGUUUAACAUCCCAAAAGUAAACAUGAUGAAGACAGAGUGUUCAGGGGAAAGAUCAAACCUCCGAAGUGCCUCUCCUCACAGGAACGCUUAUAGGACUGAGUUCCAAGCAUUGAAAAGCACCUUUGACAAGCCUAAGUCAGAUGGAGAACAAAAGACUAAAGAAGAAGGAGAGGCUUCUCAGCAAACCAGGGGGAGGAAAUAUGGAUCUAACGUCAACAGGAUUAAAAAUUUAUUCAUGCAAAUGGGCAUGGAGCCCAAUGAGAGUGCUGGAGGCAUGGCAAAGACCAGAAGUAAAGGUGGGCCCCUAUCUCCCCAAAGAAGAAUUAGGCCAAAAGAGCUUGUGGAGAAGGGAGAUGGAUCAGUUGUGAAGUUAGAAUCUUCCGUUUCAGAAAGGAUUAGUAGGUUUGAUGCUAUGCACGAUGGUCCUUCUUACUCCAAGUUUACUGAAACACGGAAGUUGUUUGAAAGAAAUACUCAUGAAACAGGGCACUCAAAUCGCUACUCCCCAAAGAAAGAGAGAUCCGUUUCUAACAGUGAUCUUCAAGAUGACUGGUGCAGCUCUAAGUCUAACAGAGGAAGUACAGAUUCGCUGGACAGUCUUAGUUCAAGGACAGAGGCUGUUUCUCCAACAGUGAGCCAACUUAGUGCAGUGUUUGAAAAUACUGACUCACAACAAAAUGUUCUAGAAAAGACAGGAAACAAUGAAGAGUAUUCUGUAACUGGCCACUAUCCACUAAACUUGUCUUCUGUGGACACAAAUCUGUCUUCCAGUGUUGCAAACCUCGAUGAUUUCAGCCCCAUAAAAGACGCCAAUGCUUGGCCUCCAUCAGCUAAACAAAAUACCAGCUCAGCACCUGUUGAAAACUCUGAGCAGAACAGUAGUAGAUCUCCAUCAGACAAUGAAACCCCCAAAAGCACUUUGCCUUUGUCAGAAACAGGUGGAAUACAAAACAAGGGUGUGUGCUACGAUUCUGUUGAUGCCUGUGAAGCGACUAAACAAGAGUCAGUAGAUGGACUUGAUAAACAAAGUUUGGGUGAGAACUGUACGAGCAAUAAGGCAAAAAUAGAGCCUCAAGUACCACCUUUGCAGCAAAAAAAGAUCUCUGCUGGAGCUGAGACUGCAGAAAUAUCAGGAAACUUAAUAGAUAGUGAUGACAUCACAGUCACUGAAGCUUCGCAUUCUGUUGGCUCCCACUGUGAAGAUACAAAUGGAAAGGAAGAACAGGAAGACUUGAAUAACUUUCAGAGUUCUCAUGUGUAUAUGCACUCUGAUUACAAUGUCUACAGGGUACGAUCAAGAUAUAAUUCUGACUGGGGGGAGACGGGAACAGAACAGGAUGAUCAAGAAGACAGCGAUGACAACUGUUAUUACGAACCUGACAUGGAAUGUUCUGAAAUUAUUGGAUUGCCCGAAGAAGAUGAAAUCCCAGCAAGUCGAAAAAUUAAGUUUAGUAGUGCUCCAAUUAAGGUUUUCCACACAUAUUCUAAUGAAGAUUAUGACAGGAGAAAUGAUGAAGUAGACCCGGUGGCUGCAUCAGCAGAAUACGAACUAGAAAAACGUGUGGAGAAGCUGGAGCUUUUCCCAGCAGAGCUUGAAAAAGAUGAAGAUGGACUUGGCAUCAGCAUUAUUGGAAUGGGAGUUGGAGCAGAUGCAGGCCUUGAGAAACUGGGCAUUUUCGUCAAAACAGUAACAGAAGGUGGAGCAGCAGAAAGAGAUGGCAGGAUCCAAGUAAAUGACCAAAUUGUAGAAGUGGAUGGGAUCAGUCUGGUUGGUGUCACACAAAACUUUGCUGCAACAGUCCUCAGAAACACCAAAGGAAAAGUCAGGUUUAUAAUUGGCAGAGAAAGACCAGGACAAGUAAGUGAAGUGGCUCAGCUGAUUAGCCAGACCCUAGAGCAGGAACGUCGCCAAAGAGAGCUUUUGGAACAGCAUUAUGCACAAUAUGACGCAGAUGACGAUGAGAAUACUGACAGAGAAUGUCACGGAACCUCAGGCAACUACAAUAAAAAUAACAACUGUUACCUUAAAAAGACAGGAGAAUAUGCCACAGAUGAAGAUGAGGAUGACAUGGGGCCUGUCCUUCCAGGAGGUGAUAUGGCCAUUGAAGUGUUUGAGCUUCCUGAAAACGAUGACAUGUUUUCCCCAACAGAAGUGGACACCAGCAAACUGGCUCACAAAUUCAAAGAGUUGCAAAUCAAGCAUGCAGUUACAGAAGCAGAGAUUCAGAAGCUGAAGACAAAGCUGCAGACAGCUGAGAAUGAGAAAGUAAGGUGGGAGCUGGAGAAGAAUCAGCUUCAGCAGAACAUUGAGGAGAAUAAGGACAGGAUGAUGAAGCUUGAGAGCUACUGGAUUGAGGCACAAACCCUAUGUCACACCGUCAAUGAACAUCUGAAGGAAACUCAGAGCCAGUAUCAGGCACUGGAGAAGAAAUACAAUAAAGCCAAGAAACUGAUUAAGGACUUUCAGCAAAAAGAACUUGAGUUCAUCAAGCGACAAGAAGCUGAAAGGAAAAAAAUAGAAGAUCUGGAGAAGGCCCACUUUGCAGAAGUUCAAGGUUUACAAGCUCGUAUCAGAGAACUGGAAACAGAGGUUUUCAGGUUACUGAAGCAAAAUGGGAGCCAAGUUAACAACAACAACAACAUUUUUGAAAGGCAAACAUCCCUUGCAGAAGUCUCAAGAGGCGAUGCUAUGGAAAACCUUGAUGCAAAGCAAGUGUCUUGCCUGGAUGCCUUAAGUCAAGAUUUUAAUGAAGCAGUUCCCGAGACAGAAAGGCUGGACUCAAAAGCACUGAAGACUCGAGUUCAGCUUUCAGUGACGAACAAAAGGUCAAGACCAACUAGAACAAGGCUGUAUGACAGUAUCAGCUCCACAGAUGGGGAGGACAGUCUUGAAAGAAAGCCUUCGCGCAGUUACGGUAGCCCCAUGCACAUUACCAAAUCACCUCUGCCUAUGUGUAUGAGAGCCUCCUCACCAGCAUCAGAUUCUGGUGCUUCCUCCCUUUCCCCCGUGGCUAGCAGUGCACCGUUUGCAUUUGACAACGUAACUGGAAACCAGGACGAAGUGCGGCCGUACACGAGUGUUGUAUGUUCCCAUGGGGAUACUCCACUCUCCUCACCUUCAAAAUCCUGUCUGAGCUACGAAGCUUCACCUGUGCAUCAUCCAACCAGCAGGAGUAUCUUCCGUGACGAAGAUGGUGCCACAGGUAUACAAUCCCCAAGAACAUCCAGCCCUUCUAUGGGGCAUAUAAGGACAAUAAAACAAAAGUUUGUGGAAUUGGGGGCUCCCUUGAGAAGGAGUUCUAACAAAGGCAAGAAGAGGAGAGAGAAGGAAGCAGUUAGGGUCUCUACUGGCUGCAGGACAACUAAGGAGCUGUUGGAGUGCUCAGCAAGUAGAGUGUCUUUAAUCAAGCGAUCCUCCUCUCUCCCACAUAGUCCUAUUCCAUUUGCAUGGUAUGGAGAGAGCAGCAGGAGAUCCAAUUCUUCCAGCAAUCUGCCUUCACCUACCAGCUCAACUGAUCCUUCCUCUGAAAAUCUAAGUCCAGCUAAAAAGGGGUCCAAGAAUUUCGCUUUCAAUGACGACUUCAGUCCCAGCAGCACCAGUUCAGCCGAUCUGAGCGGUUUAGGGACAGAACCGAAAACCCCAGGAUUUUCACACUCCAUAGCACUGUCAUCUGAUGAGAGCUUGGAUAUGAUUGAUGACGAGAUCCUUGAUGAUGGACAGUCUCCCAAGCACAGCCAGUCCCCGAAUCGCGCCUUUCAGGAAUGGAGCGUGCAACAGGUUUCCAAUUGGCUAAUGAGCCUGAAUCUAGAACAGUAUGCCCCUGAAUUCACUGCCCAAAAUAUAAACGGAGAGCGCCUCGUUCAGCUGGAUGGCAGUAAGCUUAAGGCCCUUGGCAUGACAUCUUCCCAAGACAGAGCUGUCAUUAAAAAGAAAAUUAAAGAAAUGAGAGUGUCUAUAGAGAAAGCUCGCAAAGCUCAAGAGAAGAUGGAGAAGCAAAGGGAAAAACUUAGGAAGAGAGAAAAAGAGCAGCUUCAGAGGAAGCCCCGGAAGCCGGAGAAGCGCUCGCCAGAUCCAACAGAGGGAGCUAAUGAGCAGUGAUGAAUGAGAGUUGAUGAAUAUUCUAUUAGGAACCGGGGAAGAGGCUUUCAGGGAAGAAACUCAAAAAGCGAGUCUUGUUUUCCUUCCCUACCUCCUUGUCUUCAUUACACAGAGCUCUGUACUCAUAUCUGAGGCUUUAACUAGAAUAAAUAGGGGAAAUGAA